AUGCAAGAGAUCAUUGCUGGGCUGGAGCAGUUCACCUUCACCUUCGAGAAGGAUGUAGAGAGGCAAAAGGGCACUGGACUCCUGCCUUUCCAGGGCAUGGACAAGUCAGGCUCAGCUGUGUGCAACUUUUUCGCCAAAGGGCUCUGUGAGAAAGGGAAACUCUGCCCUCUCCGGCACAGCCGAGGGGAGAAGACGGUGGUGUGUAAGCACUGGCUGCGGGGACUGUGUAAGAAGGGCGACCAGUGCAACUUCUUGCACCAGUACGAUGUCACCAGGAUGCCCGAGUGCUACUUCUACUCCAAGUUCGGUGAUUGCAACAACAAGGAAUGUCCCUUUCUCCAUGUGAAGGCAGCUUUCAAGACCCGGGACUGUCCUUGGUACGACCAAGGUUUCUGCAAGGAUGGUCCCCGGUGCAAACAUCGCCAUGUCCGUAAGAAAAUGUGUGCUAACUACUUCGUGGGCUUCUGCCCCGAGGGACCCAACUGCCAAUUUGCACAUCCCAAGAUGAAUCUUUUAUUCAACCAGAGUUACUCCAAGCUUGUCAACUGGCCACGGGGUUCAGCCCCUCCUGCUUGUGCCUGGGAGCUCCGCCAGCCCCUUUCCCCGACGGGGGGCCGCCUCUCCCAGCUCAGAGGCCCCAGGAGCAGCUGGUCUCCUACCACCGGGGACCCAGGACACUGGAGCCUGGCCCGUGCAACAGGUGUCAAAAACUGGGCCAUUAUGCCAGCAAGUGCAGUAAGACUCCAACAGGUAGGAGUUACCAGAAAACAGCCCCUGGCCUGUGGGGUAACUGAAGACCUCCUAGUGAAGUGACCCAAAGGCCCUGCUGUCCCCGUGACCGCUAAGUCAGCCUGCACGGGGAGCAAAUGCAGGAGUGUGCUGUGUUCGGGCCGACUUCCCCGUCCGCGGGAUGGACGAGCUGCCAGAGACACAAUGGGACUGGAGGCAGACGGACUGUGGCGGCGGACAACCCCUGAAGUGGGGGAGCAGCACGCGCAUGAACCCCAAACCCAAGCUAGCGGGGAGGAGCCACCCCACCGCACAGCUCCCACACCUGCUGCUACAGACUGGCGAUUA